UUAUCGUAUUUGGGUUUUUAAAUUGAGUGAACUUGUGAUUUUAUUGAUUUUUUUUAUGAAUUGUUCUCAAAACUGUGUGAGUUAAAUAAUUUGAUGUUUUUCUACUCAGUAAGCAUGUCUGACAUUUGUACAUUUUUUUUGUCCUGAAUGUCAAUAUAUGUAGCCCAGCUGUCACCCUAAAACGUCCUAAUAUAUAUCAUUAGGCACAGAUAUAGGCAUAUGUAUACAUUUAGAGUAAAACCUCUGAGGUACAAAUAUGAACUUUUCAGGUCCAAAGCUGUACUUUUUGAAAGGGUACCGCCUCAGUGACAGCUGGGGUACAUUUUUUGACUUUUUUUUCUGACAGUACUAUUGUAUUAUAGAAAUCUUAUUUAAUGUUUAAAUUGUUGCUGCAUGUAUGAGAAAGAGCAAUAUUAUCUUUUAAAAUGCAAGAAGUUCUCAAAAUAAGUUAGUUGUUCAAGUUGCUUACAAGUUUAAAAAUAUGAGAAAGGCUAUGAAACAGAAAUCACGCCCUCUGGUGGACAACGAUUAUCAGUUUACGUUAUAUAAACAAAUACAGUAUAUGGAAGAUUUGUGCAGUCCUUCAGUACACAUUUUAUUUGUGUAUUUAAAAAGCCUAAAUACUGCUUAUAACCUGACAUGUUUUGCUACGAUUUGGUUUAGAUUAUGUAUAGACAUAAUUUAAACUUGACAUUUUAUAGAAUAAAGUGUAUAGAGUCUGUAUAUAACUUAUUGACAUGUUAAAAUAUUCGAAAAUAAAAUAUUAAAAUACGUAAAUAUUCACACAUGAAGCGUAAAAUAUUCACACAAAAUUAACUAGAACACCAAGCUGAUUCCAUCAGAGAUGUAGCUUCUUUACCUUUAUGUGUUAAAAACAACACAAUUACUAUAUGCGUUGUCCCUGUGUUACUUUUAUCACAACUUGUGUUUUAAGUUUAAUACAAAAUUACACAUAAUGUGUUAAAUGACACAACACAAAAAAGUGUAAAAAAUUAACACAUCCUUUCUUAGAGUAACAAUUGUACAUUUAUUACCAAAAUUACACGGGGAAUAUCAAGUUCAUUUGUAACAUAAUUUUUGUGCAAUUAAACCACAACGAAUGCGUUCAGUUGAACAUGCACGGUUUUUAUGUCCACCAAGAAACUUUUAGACUUGUCAAGAAAACUAUCUUGAGUUGUGUUUUUCCUUCUCUUUUUUCAAACUUCUCCCCUACCCUCCCUCUCGCGUCUUGAACUUUCUUGGCCAAUCAUCUCUCUUCCUACAAACACUUUAGCAGACUAUAAGAGCUCCCCAACUUUUUCCUUUCAAUCGAACUCAAAGUUUGCUCGGGAUCCUGGAUACACAGACACACUUUCGUUGGGAAUUGUAGCUAUUUCACCCUCAUGAGGAAAUAACGCGUAUAUUCGCACGCGCUUGCAGACUUGAGCGAGAUGCCCGAAGAACCCGCGCGCGACUCCUCCAGUUCCCCGGUGUCUCCAGCGGACAGUCUCAGCAACAGCGACGUAGAGCCCGACAGACCGCCGAAGAGGUGCGCGAGGAAAAGGCGCUCCAGCAGAAAAAACGGGGAGGACUCCGACAGCUCGACCCUUGGGAAAAGAGGGAAGAAGUCCAGCAACAGCAGCAGCAGUCCACAGUCGUUUGAAGACCUACAGACUCAGCGCGUGAUGGCGAACGUGCGCGAGCGCCAGAGGACGCAGUCGCUCAACGAAGCGUUCGCGGCUUUGCGCAAAAUCAUCCCCACAUUACCCUCCGACAAACUGAGCAAAAUACAGACGCUUAAACUCGCUUCCAGGUACAUCGAUUUCCUCUAUCAGGUACUACAGAGUGAUGAGCUGGACUCCAAGAUGGCAAGCUGUAGUUAUGUUGCUCACGAGCGCUUGAGCUACGCGUUUUCGGUGUGGAGGAUGGAGGGCGCCUGGUCCAUGUCUGCAUCUCACUAGUGUGCGGGGAAACUUUGGAAGUGCAAAUGGUGAAGGCCACGCGCUGGCUGGUAAACACUCGUGGACCAACACAGUUAUGGAUAUCUGCAUUUCUUUAGCAUCUGGCAAAUGUUGCAACAGAGGUCAUGGCUUUCAUAUUGAGAGGGCCACAGACACUGGACUGUUGCGCGUGCGCUGCAUAUGGACUUCUGCGCAAGUGUUAUUAUUGACGACGAAUGUUGUUAAGGUGUGCCUAUGCAUGAUUUUUAUAUUCUAUUUUAUAAGAACUCAGUUGUGCAUAGCUUUCUUGGAGAAAGUAAAAUUGCAUUACAAGGACUGUCGAUGAGAAAAUGGGAAUAUUAAGCCUCUAGUUCGAAUCCUGUGUAAAAUAAAAAGUUUUAGUACAAUUCUAUUUAUUUAUUGAUGACACGAUUAUUGAAAUGAAGGCAAAUGUAUUCUGUGUUGAAAUGCAUUCUUAUUUUUUGUUACCUUUGUAAAUAAAUAUGUUCUUUGUUUAAUAAAGGUCAAUAAGUUUUAAGAAAUA